UUAUUUUCUUCUGUUACACGUUUGCGACUUCAUCCGUCGCACUUUUGUUACGUGUGGGUUCAAAGAUACAAACAGUCGAACACGGCGCAGCGGUUAUUAUCUGCGAACUGACUUUAACUGGACAGAACAUUGCGGGAUAAUAAUGGGACGUGAGUCAAGACACUACAGGAAGCGCUCCACGUCUCGGGGGCGCUCAGGUAGUCGAUCGAAGAGUCGCUCCCCGGACAAACGCUCCAAGAAAGAAGACCGGGACCGAGACCGAAGCAGGAGAGAACGAUCCCGGAGUCGGGACCGCCGCAGGUCCCGGUCCAGAGACAGAAAGCGAGCUAGGCGCUCCAGGAGCCGUGACAGGAGAAGGUCCAGAAGCAGAGACAGGAGGAGGUCAGGGAGCAGGACCAGAACCCGAAGGUCUCGGUCUGGAAGCCCCAGCAAAAGCAAAAAAACAGAUGAGAAAUCAAGGAGCAAAGAAAAAGACAGCGUAGAGCCUUUAUCUGAAAAGAAAAAGGUCAAAGAGGAGAAAGAGGACGAGAAGGCAGAGGAUCAAGACUUUGACCAAAACAAACUGGAGGAGGAGAUGAGGAAGAGGAAGGAGCGAGUGGAGAAAUGGAGGGAGGAGCAGAGGAAGAAAGCCAUUGAGAAUAUCGGCGAGAUCAAGAAAGAACUGGAGGAGAUGAAGCAGGGCAAAAAGUGGAGCCUGGAGGAUGAUGAUGAUGAUGAUGAGGAUGGUUCAGCACCUAUGGAAGGUGAUGAUGAUGAAGAUGGAGAUGGAAAGGAAGAGAGUAAGGAGAAAGAGAUUAAAGAGGAGAAGAAAGAGGAAGGUGAGAAGGAGAAGGAAAGUCCAAUGGAGCUGCAGCCAGAAGAGGAUGACGUGGAUCCUCUGGAUGCCUACAUGGAGGAGGUCAAACAGGAGGUUAAGAAGUUCAACAUGGGAGCCAUGAAGGGAAAUGAUAAGAAAGGAGCAAUGACUGUAACCAAAGUGGUUACGGUUGUUAAAACCAAAAAAGGUCCUCACACUCACAAGAAGAAGGGUGAGCUGAUGGAGAAUGACCAGGACGCCAUGGAGUAUUCAUCAGAAGAGGAGGAAGUGGAUCUGCAAACGGCUCUAACAGGCUUUCAGACCAAGCAGAGGAAAGUCCUUGAGCCUGUUGACCACGGAAAGAUUCAGUACGAGUCUUAUCGUAAAAACUUCUAUGUGGAGGUGCCUGAACUGGCCAAAAUGACUCAAGAAGAAGUAAACACAUACAGGCUGGAACUGGAAGGCAUCACUGUCAAAGGGAAGGGCUGCCCGAAACCCAUCAAGACCUGGGUGCAGUGUGGAGUAUCGAUGAAGAUCCUCAACGCUCUGAAAAAGCAUAGCUAUGAGAAGCCCACGCCCAUCCAGGCUCAGGCCAUCCCUGCAAUCAUGUCGGGCCGGGACCUUAUUGGCAUCGCUAAGACCGGCAGUGGGAAAACAAUAGCCUUCCUGUUGCCUAUGUUCAGACACAUCAUGGAUCAAAGGCCCCUAGAAGACUCUGAGGGACCCAUCUCUGUGAUCAUGACUCCGACUAGAGAGCUGGCUCUGCAGAUCACCAAGGAAUGUAAGAAGUUCUCUAAACCGCUGGGGCUCAGGGUGGUGUGUGUUUAUGGAGGCACUGGUAUCAGCGAACAGAUUGCUGAGCUGAAGAGAGGAGCAGAGAUCAUUGUCUGCACACCAGGACGGAUGAUUGACAUGUUGGGGGCCAACAGUGGUCGAGUCACCAACCUGCGCAGAGUGACGUAUGUUGUGUUGGACGAAGCAGACAGGAUGUUCGACAUGGGCUUUGAGCCUCAGGUGAUGCGCAUUGUGGACAACGUGCGUCCCGACCGUCAGACCGUCAUGUUUUCAGCUACCUUCCCUCGGGCCAUGGAGGCGCUGGCUCGGAGGAUCCUGGCCAAGCCCAUCGAGGUUCAAGUGGGCGGUCGCAGUGUAGUCUGCUCUGACGUGGAGCAGCAUGUGCUGGUUAUUGAUGAGGACCAGAAAUUCUUGAAGUUGCUGGAGAUUCUGGGUCACUACCAGGAAAAGGGCUCAGUCAUCAUCUUUGUGGACAAACAGGAGCAUGCAGAUGGACUCCUCAAAGACCUGAUGAAGGCUUCUUACCCCUGCAUGUCUCUACACGGAGGCAUCGACCAGUACGACAGAGACAGCAUCAUCAAUGACUUUAAAAACGGAGCCUGUCGUCUAAUGGUGGCCACCUCUGUGGCCGCCAGAGGCCUGGAUGUCAAGCAGCUCAUCCUGGUGGUCAACUACAACUGUCCCAACCACUAUGAGGACUACGUCCACAGGGCGGGGCGCACGGGCCGAGCAGGAAACAAGGGUUACGCUUACACCUUCAUCACAGAGGAUCAGGUUCGAUAUGCCGGCGAUAUCAUCAAAGCCUUGGAACUGUCAGGGGCUCCUGUACCACCAGAACUCGAGCAGCUCUGGGCGUCUUUCAAAGACCAGCAGAAAGCGGAAGGAAAAACCAUUAAAAGCAGCAGCGGCUUCUCAGGAAAAGGUUUCAAGUUUGAUGAGACAGAACACGCUCUGGCCAACGAGAGGAAAAAGUUACAGAAAGCUGCUCUUGGACUGCAAGACUCUGACGACGAGGAUGGGGCCCUGGAUAUCGAGGAGCAAAUCGAGAGCAUGUUCAACUCCAAGAAGAGAGUGAAGGACCUGUCUGCUCCCGGGGCGGCUGCUGGAGCAGCAGGAACGGUCUCUGCCACGGCAGCUGCUCCAGGAGGACUCCCAGGCCUCGGACCCACAUCUGCUGGAAACAUCCAGAAACUGGAGAUGGCCAAAAGGCUGGCGCUCAAGAUCAACGCUCAGAAGAACCUGGGUGCUGAGGCUCAGGAUGUGAUGCAGCAGGCCACCAACGCCAUCCUGCGAGGUGGCACGAUCAUGACACCCUCCGUGUCGGCUAAGACCAUCGCGGAGCAGUUGGCGGAGAAGAUCAAUGCCAAGCUGAACUACACCCCUGUGGAGAAGCUGGAGGAGGAGCGGCAGGCGGCUGAGCAGGCGGAGACCGUCAAGCGAUACGAAGAGGAGCUGGAGAUUAAUGACUUCCCUCAGACGGCCAGGUGGAAGGUGACGUCCAAAGAAGCACUGCAGAGGAUCGGCGAAUACUCAGAAGCUGCGAUCACCAUCAGAGGAACCUACUUCCCUCCAGGCAAAGAGCCCAAAGAGGGGGAGCGCAAGAUCUACCUGGCUAUUGAAAGUGCUAAUGAACUGGCUGUGCAGAAAGCCAAGACAGAGAUCACGCGUUUGAUCAAGGAAGAGCUCAUCAGAUUGCAAAACUCAUACCAACCGACGAGCAAAGGCCGUUACAAAGUGCUGUAGAGGAGAAACGGAGGCUCGACGGAGGAUUGUCCAUCUGUCAAAUUCAUCCACGUGGUUGAAUAAUAUUUUAAUCAGUACUUUUAAUAUUAUCUUAUGUUGCCGUCUUUAGUUAUUGAACUCCAUUUGAGUUUCAAGUGUUGUUUUUUUCACUUUGUCAUUAAACGGCUCCAGGAAUCAUUAAA